AUGCAAGUGCGGCCGAAGCUGGUAUCGCUCGAUGCAACCGGCACUCUGUUUCGCGUUCGCGGCUCUGUUGGCGAGGCCUAUGCCCGAGCUGCCGAGGCGUUUGGUGUUCACGGUCUGCGGCCGGCAUCGCUGACUCGCGGCUUCUUCGCGGCCUGGCGCGAUCACAACGUGCGACACCCCAACUUCGGGCAUGGGACUGAGCUCUCCUCCUACAAUUGGUGGUCCUCUCUUUUCGGCGCCACACUGGCCCAUGCCAGGCCCGAGCUCAGCCACUCUGAAGAGUUCGCCGCCGACGUCUUCCCCAAGCUCUUCGACCAGGUGUGGCACGACUUCACCAGGGCUGAGGCGUGGGAGGUGUUCCCAGAGACUGAGCCGGUGAUCAAGACGCUACGGAGUAACGGCAUCAAGGUGGCGGUAGUCUCCAACUUCGAUGAACGUCUGCCGCUCCUCUUGAAAAAUCUGGGCCUGGACCACUUGUUUGACGUGGUGCUGCCGUCGUGCUACGCUGGCGUAGCCAAGCCCGACCCCGAUAUCUUCUACCAAGCCCUGCGGAAGGCCAACGUCGAGGGCAGCGAGGCCGUCCACGUCGGCGACGACUACAAAAAAGACUACCGUGGGGCCAAGGAUGCCGGGCUGAGCCGCGCGUUCCUUAUGUGCCGAGACGCGGUCGCAUUGGAGAAGGCAGCGCAGGUGCCCCCAGCCGACAUACUCCACAAUCUCUCCGACCUCCUGCCCGCUCUCGGCCUGCAAGGCCCGACCUUAGCGCAGCUGUCGCAGUGUCAAGGCAAAGCAAAGAGGGUUUGA